ACCUUGUUCCUCGCACUCUCAUCAAACUCCGGAAUACUGCUUCCAGUCUCUGCUCGGCUACCAAGGACAAUAGCAAACACAACUUUUGCCCAUUAAUAAUGGAUAACAAACCAGAGGAAUGUUCAGUGUGUUAUAACGAUUAUGACGACAAUCAGCUACGGCCUCGCACACUGCCGUGCGGCCACACAUUCUGCUCCCAGUGUAUUGACAAUGCUAUCAAGAAUGGUCAGCUGACCUGCCCCAGCUGCCGUGCCGAGCAUGCUGCCACAGCUGCUACUCUGUUCCCAAUUAAUUAUGGUAUGGAAGCCCUUAUCAGAAAACUAAAAGGUAUCGAGGUUGCACCAGGGGUAACAGUACCAGCAAAACCCAUUAAAACUCCUGCGAGAGGAAUCAGCAAGAAGUUACGUUCCCUGGUGCAGGAGCAGAAGAGCAUCAUCAGCAGCCUCAUUACUAGCUGUGAAGAGGUACUGUCCCAGCUGGGGGAGUACCGGGGGCAGCUGGGGGACUGGAAGACUCACCACCUCCAGCUCCAGGACAGACUCUAUGCUCUGGUAGAGCAGAACAAGUCAGCAAUGAAGCUCUUGGAACUGGAGGAUACCAGUGUGGUGGAUAUGACAACACAAGGAGAGGAAGGGAAGACUCAGCUGCAGGCCAUGUUGGGGAGCCUCGACACAGUCAACACCCCACAGGAGGUUGGCACAACCAUAGACACAGCUGAUGAGUGCAGCAUGAAGAUAGAAGAUUGGCUCCAGAAGUGCCAGAAACUCUUCCCAGAUGUCAAGACUGUCCACACCUCAGUGAAGGUGCAGGAGACCAUCAGGGAGGCCCUGGAGGAGAUGACCACGGAGACAGGUGCCACAGCUGACCCCGUACACCUGGGAGACUCAGCCUCCAGCAUCAUGAAUAAAGUUCAGCAAAUCACUGGAGAGAUACCCGAGAAGCAAUUAACACUUGUGUUCAAAGCGGUCGUGGUCCUCUCAUGUUCCCACGCCACGCUCGAGCACACGUGUUGCAGCAAGUAGCAGAAGACGCCACCGCACCUCUACCUCUCCGUUCACUAUUACAGCUAAGCAGCUGAACCCUUUUCAA